ACAAAAAAAUGGACACACCAGCAGUGUGAGGAGGACCUGAAAGUGGCACAUGGCAGAGUGUGGCGAUGGAGACAGCAGCAAUGGGAGGCCGUACAGGGACCCAUGAGAGACUCUGGACUUGGCAGCAGCAUGAGGAGGCGGUAUAUAGGGGCCCAUGGCAGAUUAGGGGCCUGGCAGCAGCUAUGGGAGGCCCGUAAUCUGCCAGCACCCUAUGAAAAAAAUGGAACACACCAGCAGUUGUGUGAGGAGACCUGAAAGUGGCACAUGGCAGAGUGUGGCGAUGGAGACAGCAGCAAUGGGAGGCCGUACAGGGACCCAUGAGAGACUCUGGACCUGGCAGCAGCAUGA